CAUAGCAGAGUCAUUCCGCCAAAUAGGGUACGGUAUAACAAUAAUAAAUACGAAAAUCAUAUGUAUAGAUAGUGCAUCAAAAUCUUUUAACAAAAUGUCGCCCGUUUUUUCGGGUGGUAUUCUACUAAUUAUAUUAUGACUUGAGACACAUUGAUGACACAAAAAAAUCCUAAAGUGCUUAGUGACAAUUCGUGUAAAAUACAUUAAUAUCGUUUUGUGAUGGGUGCGAAGGCUAGUACCGCAAAUGGCGGACAAAGUCCCCGGACGAGAACAUUUUCGGCGAGCAGUAGCAGUGAAGUUGUGUCAAAUUCAGCCGGUUUUAGUUUGUUAAGGGCCCUACCAGGGAUUCAAGUGUCAUCUAACGACCGUCAAAGAGCGCGAUCCUUAUCCUCUGUGCCUGAUUUGCAAGCAAGUCACGAGACGAUUGCAAUUCCGUCAGUUUCGGGGGCCUUUGAAGUCUCUGCCAGUCCCGAGACCGACAGCUCUGCGGAUGAAGCUGGUGCCCUUAGCAGAGUAUAUGCCGCACAUUCGCUGCCAUCACAUAUUUGGACACUAAAUGGUAUAAAAUGUCCAGUAUGCAGCAAGUUUGUUUUCCCAGACGAUAUAGAAUGUCAUCUUGUGAUGUGUCUUACAAAACCCAGGCUUUCUUACAACGAGGACAUACUAAACGACGCCAAGGGAGAAUGUGUGAUUUGCCUAGAAGAUCUCAGUCCAGGUGACAUCAUCGCAAGGCUUCCUUGUCUUUGCAUUUAUCACAAAGGUUGCAUUGAUCAAUGGUUUGAAGUCAACCGGUGCUGUCCAGAGCAUCCAGGCGAUUAACCAAAGUCUUACAUCGGAUCGAAGCCAGUACUGGCGAUUCAUCACAAAUUGUCUUGUGUAAAUCUUAUAAAAGACCCAGAAAGCAUUUUUUUAUAUGUUUUAGUGAUAAAAAGAAUAUUGUGCUACGACAAAAGAUUUGAAAAAACACAAAAAGUGCUCCGUUUAGUCAAGCGGGUUAAAAAAAUCGCAAGCCAGACGAACUUAUUAUGGAUACAAAAAUUGUGGAUGCAGUUGUUAUUUAAUAUAAACACUAUAUUUGAAGUUUUGAGAAUUGUGAUAGUUAUCAGAAACACAGACUCAAUACUUAAUGAUAAAAUGCUAUUUAGUCAGAUAGGGUUUUACACAUGUAUUAAUUAUACAUGCUAUUUCAUAAUAUUGAUUUAACAAUGCGUGUAAAUAUUAUUUAUCGUAUAAUAAGGCUGUCAUUUUCACGCUAUUAUUACAUGAAAAUUCUAAUUUAAAUCACUUGAUGAUUGAUAUUCUAUAGAAAAAAAUGGCCAAUGUUUGAAGAGAAACAAUAGAAAAUAGAAGUGACAUAUCAAUAUGACGAAUUCUGUUCAUGAAUGCAAAAAAUUGCCACUUGACUUGCUUUUCUGAAAAAUAACUUUUUACUACAUAAAUAUUUUGUAUAUUAUUUCUUUCAUUUUUGAUUCUAUAGCUGUUUAAAAUUUAAAGAUUUUGAUUUAGUUUAUUUUAGAUAUCUCCAAUAUUAUCCUUGGUAUAUGUAUUUGACAUAUUUUUU